GGAGUUCAGGCGGUCACUUGCGUCACCGACGGAUCGAAAGGCUGCAGGCGACAGCAAGACAGACCAACAUCCCACCUUCACCUCUCCUGAUCGUCCAGCAGUAUCCAGGCUAGGGCACAUACAAAUAAUUUUUUUCUUUGAUAUUAACAUCUCGCCAAAUCCACAAACCCAAACAGUGAUUCCUACACUCAGCAAGAACCCCUCCCCGCAUUGAACACGCACACCUCACCACAAUGUAUCGUCCUGGUGCUUGGGACGCAGACCCAAUGGACGGCAUCUUAGGGGGAGCCAUGCGCUACGGUGGCGCUCCCCGUCGAUUCGACGAGUACUAUCGGUGUUAUCCAGUUGUCAUGAUGCCAGGACCAGAGAGAGAGAAUGUGAAUCAUGGAGGAAAAGUCAUCAUGCCGCCGAGUGCUCUCGACAAGUUAACACGCCUGCACAUUACAUAUCCGAUGCUGUUUGAGCUACACAAUGGCGCCAAAGAAAAGAUGACACAUGCUGGCGUUCUGGAGUUUAUUGCCGAGGAAGGCAAAAUUUAUCUGCCAUUUUGGUUGAUGCAAACGCUGCUUCUUGAGCCCGGCGAUCUUAUCCAGGUCAAAUCAACUGAUCUUCCCCAAGGUCGAUUCAUCAAGCUCCAACCACAGUCAACAUCCUUUCUCGAUAUCAGUGAUCCAAAAGCAGUUCUGGAAAAUGCAUUUAGGAAUUUUUCAUGUCUUACAAAAGGGGAUGUCUUCACAUUUGCCUACAAUGAUCAGAUUUACGAGGUAGCAGUUCUCGACGCAAAACCAGAUGGCGAGAAAAAGGCAAUUUCAGUCUUAGAAACAGAUCUCGAAGUCGACUUUGCACCUCCUAUCGGAUAUGAGGAACCAUCACGGACAAGCGGCACAAGCACGCCACGCAGUGCUCUAGGUGCUCCGGCAGGUGGCUUAGUCCACUCGCAUGGAAGCAUGGCUCAGGCCAUCAACUACGCUGCUAUUGCUCCUGAGGCAACUGACGCUGCAAACGGCGCCAGGGCUGUGUCAUCCAACUUUAUCGCAGGUGGACAUCGCCUGAAUGCGAAAAAGAACAGCAAAGCACCAACCCCACAGGCUAGUACUCCGAUUGCAGGGAAGUCCACAAACCCUGAACAUCCGCCCCCACCACGAAGAACCAACGGACCACAACCACUACGGCUUGCGCCAAAUAAGCUCUUCUUUGGGUAUGCUUUAAAGCCAGUGCAGAAACGUGAUGAACAAGGUAAGGUCGUCGAAGAAGACAACAAACCGAAAUUUCAAGGACAGGGACAGACUCUUCGCCCUCGGAAAAAGGGACUUGGAGAUUCAGGGACUCCCACAUCUGGCAGUGACGUUGAAGGUCGCAAGAGAUGAGGGCAUAUGUCGGGGAUUGUUUUUGACCUCGACAAUUCAUUUGCAUUGUCUAAUGUGAAUAUGUGUUUCUACAUGACAGGUGAUCUGGCGUCCAGGUGUCUAAAAUUUCGCGGGAGCAUUUCAUAGAUUGACCAUUUGUUCCCUUUUCAAUGGAAUUCUCGGUUGGGAGAGGACUCGCAAUACUAUAAUGUCAAUAUCAACAGAUGGGACUAGUCUUUAAACUAAUUUAUUACUACCAUUUAUAUUGGAGCUCUCGAAACGGAUAGAAAGAAUGUAUCUACAUAUUCUUAUU